GAGUUUUGUGUGGUGUAUGUGUCUCUGUAUUACAGGCACAAACUCAAUUCGAAAUUCAAAAAUUUGACUGGGGUUCAGUUGGCGACCGAACCGAGUUGACGGCUUCUAAAAUGACGGUUACCUAUCUAAUACCAAUAUAUCCGCCUGAUAGCCGCUUCACAUUGGAUUGGGAUGACAGUGUGGAGGCGUCGCUGUUGCUGGCACUGGGCUUCUUGGUUCUCAUGCAGCUGAUCCUGCUCAUUUACAUUGUGCUCGCCCAUUUUCAGCCCUGCACUCUCUAUCGGCAGCAGCUAAAUGAAAGCUACCGACGACGCUAUGGAAACUUUAUCUUUCGUCGGCUGCUGGCCCAACUUGAUCGUGCUUUUGGGCAUCGACCUGGUGCCGGCCAGGAGCUCAGCUCCUGCCUGGAAGCGAAACGCAUGGCACAGCUGGCGAUACGUCUAUUCUGUCGGGACUCCACCAAGGUACUCUACCCUGAAUACGAGCUGGACUCAUCGGCAGCCAGUGAUGCUUAUUUUGUGCUUGAAGACGAGGAAGCCGAGCUGAAUUCCGCAGGCUAUGCCAGCGUUAAUUUUGAUGUAACGGAUGCAUUCCUAGAGAGCCUAUUGUAUCCCAAACGUACUGAUAUCCCCAGUAAAAAUAAAGCAAAAUCGUGAAGUUGUUAUGAGAUCGCGCCAUGCUCACUGUGGCCGCAACGAUAACGGUCUCCCUUUUUAUUUAAAUAAAUAUGACUUAAAUUGCCAAGUUUCAGUCGCUGCAGUCGCUUAUAAACAAACUACUUA